AUGGUUCAUAAUCUUUUAGUGUCACAAUUAAAAGAAUUUUUACUCGAAGAUGGAAAAAGAAUACAAUGGAGUUUAGAUAAAAUUGCACAAGCAUUAAAAGAUCGAUAUCGAGAAUAUCAACGACAAAAAAUACGACCAUUUACACGUUCUGUUGAAAAAGCUUAUGAAAUUUUAUUAACUGAUAAUGAAUUUCUUUCAUUUGUAUCAUCGAAAAAUGAAAAUUUAAAAGAAAAUGCAACAUCAUCCGAUUCAGAAGCUGACUGGGAUCAGCAAGCUACUAAUCGUCCUAAUACAAUGAAUCAAAUGGUCGCUAAUCUUUAUGCUAAUAAUACUGGAGCAUCGUCAUCUUUACAAGGAAAUUCCCUUGUUCAAAUGGAAACAUCGACAAAACCUGAAGAAGAACAACAAGCAAAACGUAAACAAUCAAAUGAAAAAUCAAUAAAAAAAGUCAAGAGAAAAAAACCAGUAGAAUCAGCAGACACAAAUGAUAUUGAUGGUCCUGAUGUUGAAUAUUCGACAGUAACAUUUGAAGAUUUUGCUGCCUCUGAUGCAUUUAAAGAAAAUUUUAUUCGUCGAAUUUAUUUUAUAUUACGACCAGAAGGAUUUGUUCAAAAUGGAAAAACUCCACCACGUGGAUUUCUCUUACAUGGGCCACCGGGAGUUGGAAAAUCUCUCUUAGCUCAAGCAUUAGCUGGAGAACUAAAUUUACCAAUACUAAAAACAACAUCAACUGAAUUAGUAUCUGGAAUAUCCGGUGAUUCAGAAUAUAAAAUUCGUAAAUUAUUCGAUCAAGCAAAACGUCAUUCUCCAUGUAUUUUGUUUAUCGAUGAAAUUGAAGCUAUAUCACAACGACGUGAAUCAGCUUCGAAAGAUAUGGAACGACGUAUUGUUACUCAAUUAUUGGCAUGUCUUGAUGAAUUAUCUCGUUCACCAAUGACUCGUGUUGCUAUUAUUGGUUCAACAAAUCGACCUGAUUCGCUUGAUCCAGCAUUGAGACGUGCUGGUCGAUUUGAUCAUGAAAUCGCGCUUGGAAUUCCAAAUGAAAAUGAACGACGAAGAAUUUUAACAAUGAUGUGUCGAAAAUUAACUUCACUCGAUUCUACAUUUGAUCUCGACGAAAUUGUACUGAAGACACCUGGAUUUGUUGGUGCUGAUUUAAGUGCAUUAAUUGAUGAAGCAUUAAUAGCAGCAUUAAAUAGAAAGAUGAACGCUGAUUUGAAUACUAAUCAAUCUACGAUUGAAUGGGUAAAACAAAAAAUUCAUGAACCAGACAUUGAACAACAAAGUUCUUCAUUGAAUUCAUGUACGAUAACAAUGAAUGAUUUUCGAAUAGCUUUGAAGAGUGUUCAACCAUCAAGUAAACGCGAAGGUUUUGCAACAGUACCUGAUGUUACAUUUGAUGAUAUUGGUGCAUUAAAAGAUGUUCGUGAAGAACUUAGUAUGGCUAUUCUAGCUUCUAUUCGUCAUCCAAGUUUAUAUGAUCGUUUUGGAUUUGUUCGAUCACCUGGUGUAUUACUUGUUGGUCCGCCAGGAUGUGGUAAAACUUUAUUAGCUAAAGCAAUCGCUAAUGAAUCUGGUAUUAACUUUAUAUCAGUUAAAGGACCUGAACUGUUAAAUAUGUAUGUUGGUGAAAGUGAACGAGCAGUUCGACAAGUAUUUCAACGAGCGCGUGAUUCAAAUCCAUGUGUAAUAUUUUUCGAUGAAAUUGAUGCAUUAUGUCCACGUCGUACAGCUCAUGAUACUGGCUCAACAGCUCGAGUUGUCAAUCAAUUACUAACUGAAAUGGAUGGUGUUGAUCAAACAACAGCUAGUAAACGUGUUUAUGUUAUGGCAGCAACAAAUCGAAUGGAUAUUCUCGAUCCGGCUAUACUUCGUCCGGGUCGCCUUGAUAAACAUAUUUAUAUUGGUCUUCCAAAUGCUCAAGGACGAUUUGAUAUUUUGAGAACAAUUACAAAAAAUGGUACUCGACCACCAUUAGCAUCGGAUGUUAAUCUACAAGCGAUGGGUGAUGAUGAACGUUGUCAUGGAUAUACUGGUGCCGAUCUUGCUGCAUUAAUUCGUGAAGCAUCAGAAAUUGCAAUGACAGAACAUAUUUCGAAAUCUUUACCAAUAGAUAAUGCUUGUGUUCAUCAAUCACAUAUAGAUCGAGCAUUUAGUAAAAUACUACCAUCAGUUUCUGAAACGGAUCGUCGUCGAUAUGAAGAACUUCGUCAAUCAUGUCUUCGUUUGCAAUGA